UGGGAAGGCUUUGAGAAACUCGUCUUUCAUCCAGUUACUGAGAACCUGAAACAAAUUUUCCUUUCUGGCACUGCUCAACCCAUGGAGUAUGGACUUGUCUUCCCGAUGCAUGGCUCCAGCUGGCUGGGUGCUGUGCUCUUCCUUGGGGUACAGCUCCGAGCACUGUGGCCUGCGGCAGCCAUGGAAGUUCACACUUCCAAGGAGGUGAAUGCUGUGAACGGCACUAACCUGCGGUUGAAAUGCACCUUUUCCAGCAGCAGCCCUAUUAGCCAGCAUCUGUCGGUGACCUGGAACUUCCAGCCUGAGGACCUGAGCUCUCCUGAGCUAGUAUUAUAUUACCUGCAGGAGCCCUACAACCUGCCUGCUGGACGGUUUAAAGAGCGAGUCACCUGGGAUGGGAAUAUUGAGCGUAAUGAUGUUUCCAUCAUGAUCUGGAAUUUGCAGCCCACUGACAACGGGACAUUCACCUGCCAGGUGAAGAACCCACCAGAUGCUGAUGGGGUGAUUGGUGAAGUGAGACUCCGAGUUGUGCAGAAAGUGCAUUUCUCAGAAAUCCACUUCCUGGCAGUGGCCAUUGGGUCUGCUUGUGUUCUGAUGAUCAUUGUGGUGACAGUUGUGAUUAUCUGUCGACACCAUCGGAAGAAAGCACAAGAGAAGAGGAUCGAGGUGACAGGCACUGAACUUAAAGAAAAGGAGAGGCUGAAGACGAGAGAACAAAAGGAAGACAGUCCGUUAGAAGACUAAGGGUCUUUGAUGGUGUAUACACUGCAGGUACUUCUAAGGGAGAUGCUGAAAGCUUUAAUUUUGGAUGUUAGAACAAAGCUGAAUUACAGAUGCCUCAUGCUGGGAGUGUGGUAUCCCUGCUCAACCUGAAAUUCUGGCAAGGAAAGAGAAUGACAUUAACACCAGUUGUAAAUUUCCUUCAUUGAAGCAAAGCAGGAGGAACUUGCCUCGUGAACAAGGAACUUUCCUUCAUCUUCACGCCUACAGAAUGUGAAGAAGUCUGCUCUGACAGAAUGCCAGAAGAUUGGAGCAGAAUGCCAAGCUACCUGACUGAGCAGAGAUGCUCAGAGUGUCUGAGCAGAUGCUGUCUCACACCUUAGAAAUCACAAGGUGCAUUUGUGUUGCCCUGUUUUUCCUCCCUCAAAAUCCUCUCUGGCAUCGGGUGUGUGAGGAGGAGCCAGUUGCUACAGUGUAGUUUAAAUCCCUUUGCCACUUCGAAUGGGAAGCAUUACACUUUGGGAAUGUAUGCUGUUUCUUUUUAGGGAUAACAUUAACCGGUUGCUGUGUGUUUUGUAUUGACCUCUUGCAACUUCUGAGGUCACUGCCUUCUGCCAAAGCUCCAACGCAUUGAAACUGCAGAGCUGUUAAAGUAUUCAAACAGCACCAAAUCAAAACAUUGGCCUGUUUAAGACUGUCUUUAUGACUUUAUAUCUAUCUGUAAUGUGCUGGCCGCAUUAUCUGUCUGUACGUUGUAAUUUUCAAUUUCCAGUGUCAUAAAUAAACGUGCCUUGGGGAGAGCA